AUGAGAGAGGUCAACUUUAGCAUCCCCAAUGUGAACAAGGCCUCUGUCAACAUCACUACGACGCUCUAUGAUCGCCGUGCCCUCGACUGCACAUCGACCUUGCCCCUCAUAAACUCCCUCAACCAUCUCGCAUAUCUCACCACAUCCUCUGCUCGGAUCCGGGAUAUCCUGACCGUCGAUGGCGGCAUCGAGAGACUGGUAUGCAUCCUCAAGGAGGGCCGGAGUAGGGACUUGAUGGAGAUGUGGAAAUGGAGCCUCGCCUUUCAGUGUGUCGUCAACAUUGGUGUGCGGGGCUCAGAGGGCGUAAGGACAAGAGUCGUGGAAGCCGAUAUGGUGCCUGUCAUUGCGACCAUUCUCGACAACUACAUCAAGGUCGUGGACAAGGCGCGGGCCCGGGCCGAUUCAGAAACUCAACGGCACUCGUCCAGGCACUCCAAGCCUGUUCCCACCACCGAUGCCUCAGGGCGUCCAUCUUUCCUUGAACAGUCCUCCAACAUUGAACAACGCACCUCUCGCCGCCAGGCUCCUCCUCCCAGCAUCGAAAUCCCCCAACCCUUUUUCCAGGAAAACCAUCUCGCCGAUACCAACGUUGUGGAUGUCACAUCUUCCCCUCGCAUGCCCGUGACAUCGCCUCCCGAACGAAGCACAUUUAACCAGGAUAUUCACAAUCAUCGAUCUAAUGAUGUCAGAUAUCAGGCCGCAGGCCACCGUCACAGAGCGAUGCAGCCCCUCGCCACAGGCGUGCCAUCGAUGGACACCGCUGAUGGGUUUGGUCUGCGACCUGUGCGUGACACUGAGCGCCUCCCCAGCAUGCUUCCUGGUUUGCAGACAGGAUUUACAUCUCAACCCGAUUCACCUACUACUCCCAGCGGCCCUGUGCAACCACGGAGCACCGCACAUGCCGCUGUGGCCAGACAACGUCCUGCACUUCUUCAACAGCAAUCCGCCUCGGGUGAAUCAGAUGACGGAAAUGGAGAAGGCUCUUCUACGAUGGGUGAUGAGAACAACUCUGGGGAGACAGCCGACCCUAUUGUUGGACUUCCCAACCGGAUGGAGAUUGACGAUGAUGGUGAUCGCCAGGCAAUGUUGGAUGACGUUUCCAAUACCCAUGGCCUGACGGUCUCGGAUCCGUCUGACGGGCAGGACCCAGAGACGUUCAACAUCACGCACCGCUCCACCGUGGACGGAAGCAUGAUCAACAAUGACACUACACAGACCAACGGUGGAUUGGGCCUGUCACCUACGCAGGCUGCCAACAACGCCAACUCCCCUACUCUUGUUCCCAGCCCCUACGCUCUCUACUUCCGCGACCGAUCUGCAACGCCCGCUCAAGGUGUCUUGAUGGCGAUGCCCCGUGAUGAAGAUGUCCUGAUGUCCCUCCAGCUAUUGGCUUACGUCUCCAAAUACUGCAACCUCCGCUCUUACUUCCAAAACUCACACCUCGUCCCUAAGCUCAAGAUUGACCGUGAACUUCACAUGCUGGAUGAAAACGCCAGCUCGCCAAUUGAGCCCCCCGAGGAGGAAGACGAGUACCUACUGCCUGACGACGUGAACAUCUUCCCACUGGUUGAGAAGUUCACUGUUCGACACCACUCCAAGGACAUGCAGUACUGGGCGUGUGUCGUGAUGAGGAAUCUUUGCCGUAAGGACGAAUCGCGAGGGGGCAUUCGCCAGUGCGCAUACUACAAGUGCGGCAAGUGGGAAGAGUUCCAGCGACAGUUUGCCAAAUGCCGUCGUUGCCGCCGCACCAAGUACUGCAGCAAAGAUUGCCAAAAGGCUGCGUGGGUUUAUCACCGUCACUGGUGCCACACCACACCAUGA